UGGGAUCAUCUGGUGAAAUGGGAAACGGGAGACGACAGCAUAGUGGGGGACAUCGAAGAGGAAGAGCACUAUUUUGAUGUGAGCGAUGAGUCACCAGACGCUGUAGAAGAUACAGUCCAUGACAGCGAGGAGGAAGAUGACGUGCCGAUUGUGGGCACAGGGCCUGUCCCCAGCAGGUUGGGGAACGACCGAGUGACUGAAAUCAUCAACGAUUGCAUCGAGAAGUAUGCGGAAGCUUGGAAGCCAGGGAAGGACGAGACCAAGCACGAAGACGAAGCUGAUGAAACAGAGGUACCUGUCGUAUACGACGCGCUCCAACUAUGGUCAGACGCGGAAAACACUGGGAAGCGAGAAGAGCUUGCUGAUAAAUAUGAAAAGGAGGCGAAGUACUAUCGCCAUCGUCUUGAUAUACUGUGCGAGGAAAUCUACAAAGACCCAGGUCACUCAGAGGCGGUGAUAAUAAUGAAAUGUAGAAAUCUUGAGGUUACUGUGGACAUGCUCGAGCGCGCAACGUGGUUGGAAGGAAUAUACAAGUUGCCUCCAGACACCAACAGCGACGAAGACUCACAAGAAGAAACCACCAAAGGAACCGACCAGCCUCGGCUGUCUGUUCUUCAGACAUUCGACCGGACGCGACGACCAAACUUGCCUUCUGAAGUCAUCGAUCUUGGUACACCCUCAGCCUCUGAGUGUUCAGAGAGCGAGAGUGAGCCACCCGGCAAUAUUCCCGCCACGCCCUCGACAAUUUUAUCCCCAAAAAAGCCCAGAGUCGUCAUUGAAUCGCGUCCAUUAUCUUCCGAUCCUGUUGUAUUUGACACGAUCGAACCGCCAGCUCCGGCGGUGGUAGCAGCGUCAAAUCCCAGAAUUGCGCGAUUCCGAGCACCGCUUGGAGACGCUCCCGAACAUGCUUCGAUUGCAUCCGUAAGCUGUUGGCGUUGGGCCCAAUUGGAAGAGACUCAAGACCGCAAGCGCGCGGUGUCUCGAGCCAUCUACGAAAUGACCUCGACAGACAGAGAAGUCAUGCGGCAAAGACUGCAGAAGGUUGGCAGAAAACACGUGAUUCGAGAGAUUCCCGCCUGUAUUGAUAUGCUCGCACGAGGCGACAAACGACUGCCUGGGAUCCUACCGCAGGACUUGCCCAAAAUAGUCAUCUUCACAAGACUGUUCUUAUGUUGGUGGUUAUGCGGCGACUUUCUCCAUAGAGAUGCAUCGGUGGAAGAGCUCGAAGAGCUCACAAACAAUCUACGACAGCGCUCCCCGGACCCUUCGACGUUCUGCGGCUACAUCGAUACGGUGCUAAGUACGACAUUCAGUCCCAAAGCCCUGAGUGAGCCAGCACAGCCGUCGCAAGCAGAGAUAAUUGAGAUCUCGGACGAUAAUGAGCCGCCCGCACCAGAUUCCAACAGG